GUUUUUGGCUGCAUGAGAAAGGAAGGCUUGCAAGUAACCAUUCUUUCAACGUGUCCUGUAGCUGAAUAUAAAACUCAGGAAUCCACUUUAACACUUCCAUCUCCUUUUCUGAAAGCUUUAAAGACAAAAGAAUUCAAAGAACCAUUGUGCUGCCCACUGCUGGAACAACCUAACAUUGUGCGAGACCUGCCUGCUGCUGUUCUGAGUUAUUGCCAAGUGUGGCAGAUUCCUGCGGUAUUGUAUCAGUGCUACACUGAUGUCAUCAAACUGGACACAGUAACAGUUGAAGCGUUCAAGCCUCUGCUUUCUUCUGAAAUCCUGAAGAGUUUAGUUAAGGAUACCUCUGAGAGCACAAAGAUUUUGAAGAAGCUACUGACAACAAAUGAAGCUCACAAUAAUAUCUAUAUAUAAAAAGGAUGUUUAUGACAUAGACUCCAUUCCUGUG